AUGGACACCGGAGAACCAUCCUACAGCGGCGGUGAAGACUGCUCCGAUGAUAUCAGAGGAAACAUAGCCUACAGCCUUGGGUUCUAUUUGGUCUUCCUCCUCUUCGUAUUCACCCUCUGCUAUACUUCUUACAUCUGCAACCGCAGGAUGCACUUUCAGUUAUCACCACCGACCACCACCAGUGACGGCUCAGACGACUACCAUAUCACAACACUCCCUAAAGGUCUUUGCGAUGACGUCAUUUCGACUUUUCCGACGCUUCUCUACUCGGAGGCCAUGAUGACUCACAACGCUGACUCUGAAACGGACACCCACAACACUAACUAUUGCUCCGGUUGCGCUAUUUGCUUGAUGGAUUAUAAACCGUCGGACGUCCUCCGGUUGUUGCCGGAAUGUUGUCACUUAUUUCAUUUAAGAUGUAUAGAUACUUGGUUGAAGGUCCAUCCUACCUGUCCGGUGUGUCGGAACUCGUUUGACUUCAGUAAUUAA